ACGGGUUGUUGACACGGGGAGCUCCCCAGCCGGUUGUGAAAGUGUUUUGUUCAUCAAAAAUCGGUUUGCAAUUAUUAUAUGAAUAUUAAUUAAGGCACAGUAACAAAUUCACAAGUUAGCAACGAUAUCAGUUUAACAGAAAGUAAUGUGACACGAUUUAAUAAAUAUCGCGGUUCGUGAAAAAAUUCGUGUUAAAGGAGCGUCUCUAUAUCAGAGGCAACCGAGGAAGAUACUUUCAUCUGGUUUAAUAGAUCUUGUGAAUUUUUCAAGAGUUUCUUUUUUAAAUGACUGAGCAGAGGGAAAUCGACGCGUAUGACAAUGGGCUGAAAUAUUAAAUUUUAAGGAAGAAAUUAUUAAUCGACUAUUUAGGAAGUUACCCAGGUUAAUUUGAGAUGGUGUUGAGAGUUAGACUUUCUUGAGCUAAUUGCACGACGAAGCUUGUCCUCAAAUUAAGUGUGUAAUUACUGUAAUUACAGUGAUAUCCUGGGGAAGUUGAAGAUGGCUACAGUGGAGGAGAAAAAACGUGUGGGUGGAACAAAAGUGUCCGCUAUCGCAAAUAUCUUCCAGUCAAAGCCACAAUCGGAAAAUUUCAAUUAUAGAUCAAACGCAAUUCUUUCUGAUGGUUUCAAGGAACCACCUGCUCCCCUUAAGGAGUCACCAACUCAAGUUACUGUUGUAAGAACAGAAAGCCAUGUCGCUCGAUUUAAUAAUGCUCGAGCUCUCUUCGAGAAACUGGGCGAGGAAAACAAAUCUAAUCGACCAGCGGAGCGUGUCUCGAAGCCAACAAAUUUGCAUGGGUUACGUUCAAGAUCAAGUUCGGCGAAUUCCGGGUCAGGCUGUACAUCGCCAACUCGAUCGCCCCGUCCUCUGUCACCUUCGCCCCCGGGUACAAGGGAUCACUUGAGCAAUUGGAGUGCCAGUGUACCAGCACUAAAUGCCGAGCGACAUUUCGAAAAUGGACAUUCAAACGCCGCCGACAGUAUUACAGAUAGACUAAGACCUCGCGUGGGUUUUAACAAGUUUGAAAAGCACAGUGGCAAGGAGAAUCGAUUAGACGAUCGUCCAGAGAAACCCGAGAAGCCCGAGAGGCGAUUAAAUUCAAAAGAGCUCAUUGAAAAGCAAAAGAAUUGGACGAGUCAUUUUUCAAAGGCACGACCCAGUAGAUAUAAUUCCGAUCCAAAUCGAUCUGUCGUUCAAACGUCCUUGAAUCAAAAUUCAAAUAAAAGCGACGAUUCGCUGGUUCAAAAGACAAGCAAUCAAGGUAAAGAUUCAAAAAGAUCGAACGAUGGUGUUUCUAUUUUAGCAACGCGCUCCGCUAGUUUUUGCUCUGUUAGACGAACACCAUCGACUUCUCCGCCACCGCCUCUUCCACCGACCAGGAACUCUUCCACUAGUAAUUCAAAAAAGGAAAGACCAGUCAGUAUAGGCUCUGCCUCGUCGAGUCCCGAUUACGAGAGUCCAGAAUACGCAACAAUUAAUAAAUUCACCGAUUCCUCGCCCACAAUUCCCGAAUAUGCCGAGGUACAAAAAAACAUCACCGACAAGAAAAAAAAUCAAGAAUCAAUCGACAAAGAAUUUCAGUCACGAUCAUCAAAUGAUGACGGUAUGCCAGAAUAUGCCGUAGUACAAAAGAAUGUCACUAAAAAUGCGGGGAAAAAUUCAAAUAAAAAUAAUGUCAAUUCACAAUUGGAAAAAUGUCAAAAAGAUAAUGAGACUUUGAAAAAUAAUAAAUGUGCCACUGGCUCGGAUAUUGUGAUUGGAAAAAAAUCGUUUGCAUCGCCAAAUGAGAGAAUCAUGAAUUCGAGUCCAACCCGAAGCGCUUCCUUGGAUAAUGUGAUUUCAAGUGGACCUGAUGUAUGUAAAGCAGCGAUGAAAGAUGACUAUUUGGACAUUCCUGAAUAUUCAAAUUAUCCAUGUGAUACAGCAAUAUCACCGCCUAAAACUUCUGAAUGGAAGAAUGAAUGGAUUGCCAAGAAUGAUGAGAUUCUCAAAAGUGUCACAGAUUUAACUUUAUCGAGUGAAGUUCUUGCUCAAGAAGAAUUUAAUAAUGAAGUUAUUAGAACAGAUUCAAGGCCUGAUUGGGCCAAGCCUUGUAUUGAUACUAUUAAAAGAAAGGAAAAUGCAAUCGAGGCGAAAAAAGAACGAGUUCGAUCACCAGAUAGUGAAUUGAGACCUCCUUCAAGAAAUACAGACAGUGCUUCCUCGAGUAUGAGUUCUCCCAGUUCGCCGUCAAAAGACAGUAAGGAGGAAAAGGCCGAGAAGGAAGUGUCUGAAAAAAUACAAACUGGACGAAGCAGUUAUGACUUGGAAACAGAGGAGACAGAAAAAUCUACAACCUACACCGAGAAGAUUUUGGAUAAAGAUGAGAAUGGAGAAAAGGAAUAUGAAUUUUGUGAAACUGAUACAGCAACAGUUAUCAGACGAUCACAUAUUCGUGUCGAGACAACUUCUGCUGGACUAGGCCAACGACCAGCAUCUACGAUAAGUUCCGAUCAGGAAAUUCCGCCCCUGGAGCAUAAAGAAAUUCCCGUGCCAUCACCUUACGUGAAACGAGUGCAACAAACAACACAGGAACAAGGAAAAAAUAAAACUUGCACUAAAAAUGAUGUCAAGACAAGUGUGGACGCCAAGUCAUCUGUCAAGGAGCAAAACACGCAAAAUCUCAGUUCAAAACUUCCCCAAGAUGGUAUUUAUAGGUUUCAACAGGCAACAGUGACUAAUACAGUGACAAUGGAAAAAUCAAGUUUUCCAGGAGAAAACAAAGAAAUUGUUAAGGACAAACAAAACGUUGAUCAUCAAUGUCAAAAGACAGUCGCCAAUGCAAAGAAUGAUCAAAUAAAAGUAUCGGUACGCGAGAAAAUCGCCAAAAAUAAAGAGGAAGUUUCUGGUAAACGUGCAAGUUUCACCGAUCUUGAAAAUAAAACGGAUUAUGUAGAUAAAUCUAAUGCAAGUACAAAUCAGUAUUCAAGUAAUCAGAGCAAUAAUUUAUUUAAGGAAUGCAUAAAUGAUGAGAAUAAUAUGACUGAUAAAAAUUCGACGUUUGAUCAAUUGUCGAAAAAUAAUACUGAAAUUGAAAUGACUGAACAGAUUAUGCCAAAAGUCAAUUCAACAAUAAUUGAUAAAGAUGUUGUUGAGGAAUCAAUUCAAACAACAUGGGAACAGGAGAAACAGAAAGCAGAUCAAAAAUUAAGACAAUCGGAGAAUAAUUUAACAGCAAUGCAGCAUUUGAAUGAAAAAACACAAAGUGGAAUAGCUUCGCCUUUAAAAAAGGAUUUAGUUGAGGAGCAUAAAUUAUCUGAUAAUAGUUUAAUUGAAGAUAGUGAUUCCAGUGAUGCUAAAACUAUAACUAAUAUUGAGAGUCUACCUUCAUUGGAAGUACCGAGUUUCAAUGGACCUGUGGAGACUUCUGUGAAAGCCGUGCCCGUUACUCCAGAUACUAUGACACCUGAUGAAGCUGAAAAUCUUCUGAGUUCUCGAAUAUUGGAGAAAAAUAUCAGACAAGGCUCGGCGUUGCUGUCGGAUGAGGAGGCACAGGAAAUUGCUAGGUUAUUGUUGCCUACAAAUGCUAAUGGAAUAGCCUCUGAAGAGAAGCCUGAUGAACAAGGAGACGAUAUCAAAGAUAAAGAGGACGACAAUGCUCCGGAUUGGCUCUCGGAUGUUUUGUCAGUUCAAGAUUCCAGUGUCGUCAAUAGCACCACUCAAGAUUAUAGUUUGUCUCACAGAUCGCGCAGUGAUUUAACGAUUGACUCAUUGACAGAGAGUCAAAUCGGAUCGGUGACCGGCAGCGAAAGUGGAUUAUUAGGAUCGGUUAGCAGUUUAAAUGACACUCAUGGAACUAAUGAGGAUACUGAAACGGAACAACAGGACGAUUACACUCCUGUUCCUGGCAAAAUUAUCUUCGUGGAAAAUGGAGUGCAUUACUUUGAAGAUGGCCACUUCUGGAUGGAAGUUGCGGGUCUUCGAGAAUCAGAAGACGAAGACGAAGAGCUACCGGAACCGAUACCAGUGAAGAAAUCUUCAAAAAUUACCUUUGAUACUGGACCAAUGCGGGUUUAUUCAACACAUUCAGUUAGCGAGUACGAUCGUCGAAACGAGGACGUCGAUCCUGUCGCUGCAAGCGCCGAAUAUGAAUUAGAGAAACGCGUCGCAAAAAUGGAGGUAUUCCCAGUGGAAUUGAUGAAAGGUCCCGACGGUCUUGGUUUGAGUAUAAUCGGAAUGGGCGUCGGUGCUGAUGCAGGUCUCGAAAAAUUGGGAAUUUUCGUGAAGACAAUUACGGAGAAGGGUGCCGCUUCCCGUGAGGGAAGAAUUCAAGUAAACGAUCAAAUUGUCGAAGUCGAUGGUAAAUCUUUAGUGGGUGUUACACAGGCAUAUGCCGCCAGUGUUCUUCGCAAUACAUCAGGACUCGUGAGAUUUGUCAUUGGCAGAGAGAAAGAUCCGAAAAAUUCCGAAGUCGCCAUGCUUAUUCGACAGAGUUUACAAGAUGAUAAGGAACGCGAAGCAAAUAUGUGCGCUAAUAGGAGACUGAAUUUCUCGGACAUGUCGCCUGAUGAUCGUCGAGGUGAAGAUGACGUUUCAUUAGGAACAGGAGGAAUACCUGGAUCGCCGGCUUUGUCCUCAUGUUCCGAAGGAGAUCCGCCUCAUAGUCCAAUUGAGAAUUAUAUUUCGCUUGGUGAUCGUAGUAGAUCGCCAAUUAUUAGUUCUUCUCAACCACCGUUGAAUCCCGGUUCAUCACAGAGUGACGUCGACAGUCUCAGAAUGCUUCUACAAGAGAGUCAGUAUAAACUUACUUUAGCGGAUGAAGAGGUAGAAAAACUUAAGACAAAGUUAAUGGAACUGGAGAAUAAUGGAGCUGGCAGUGAGGAGUAUGCGGCAAAAUUACGUGAAUCUGGACUCCGACUUCGUGAAUCUGAAAGAACUUUGGGAAAUGCUCGACAGGAUUUAUUAACAGCACGCGAAAUGUUGAAUCAAGCGACGGCUCAGGGUUCAAUGUUGCAGCAGAAAUAUGCACGUGCCAAAAGACUUGCUCGUGAAUUUCGUGCCGAUAUUACUGCACGCGAUGAAUUCUAUGAGCAAUUAUUGCAGGAAAAGGAUACGGAAUAUAAUGCACUUGUUAAAAGUUUAAAAGACAGAGUCAUUACGUUGGAGGUUGAAUUAACGGAAACCCAAAGAAGGUUUGGUUUGCCAGUGAGAUUGCCUUACGAUGGGGCAACAUCGAAAAUUGUUACGCCACAAUUAACGAGACGUCAAUUACCGCCGCCUCCUUCUUCAUCGAGUUGUCAGCUUUCGGACACUGAGACUUCGGAUCUCAGCAGUCCUGAUGAUGGGGAUAAGACGGCAACUGUAGAAAGAAAACUUCCACUACCGAUUCCUGUCAAGGAGGAACUUGACAGAGCUGUUCCUGCUCAUCGACUACUCGAUAAUUCUGCUGGGAAAAGCAAAGCUGAAUUGGCAAGCAGGGGAGGACUUGCCAAUCGACAAUUGCCCAAAAGAUCUGGAGGACUUAGUAACAGUAGUUCGGAUUAUGGAUUGGAUGAAUCGGGUGACAAUACAGAUGAUGAUUCGUCUUCGAAGCAUGCAGUGUCACAGGACAGUAGUAGUAGCCGAUCACCAAAUGAUUCGGUAAUAUCAAAGCAAUCGAAUUCAAGUUCCUACUCGUUUUCGUAUUCGCAAAAAAAUAAAAGCAUGGACUCGAUACAUUCGGCGGCAAUACGACAACACAGCACAAUUAGUUCUCAAGUUCGUGCCAUGACCGAGCAAAGUUGGCAAACAUCACAAAAAGCCGGAUUGACUGGACCACCUGCGUCUUUGGCUGAACAACUGAAGCAGGUUUUGGCCGAACGAGAAAGACGACUUACUGGAGGUAACGACAUGUCUUCUUCGAGAGAAAGCUCCGGGGACUUUAGCGAUUUAAACAAUCCGCAUUCUAAUGACCCAAUCCUAGUCACUCAUAAUUUAGUUGAGGAAAUUAGACAAGCCGUGAGCGAAGCUAAUCAAAGAGGUACGCAACAAAAAGCAAAAAAAGUGCCGAUACCUUCACAAACUUUAAUGGGUGCCGGACAUACUCCCUGGCAUCAUCCAAGCGGAUCGCCGUCUAGUUUGUCAUCUGGUGGAUCUAUUAGUCCAACAGCUGUUGAUCCAAGUCCUUCAAAAAGCGAUAGUGCAGAUUCAAGCGAAGUUUGGUUACCACCUCACGAAUUUGGUUUGGGUGAUAAAAGUUCUCAUUUUUGGCAAAGUGCACCAAUAACCGACUGGUCGAAAGAACAAGUGUGCCAAUGGCUGACCGGAAUUGGUCUUGAAAGGUACGCGUCCCGUUUCAUUGAGGCUGGAGUUUGUGGCAGUACUCUUCUACGAUUGGAGUCCCGCGAUUUGAAAGCACUUGGCGUUUCACGUGAGGUAAAAGAUCAUUUAAAACGUAAAUUAAAAGACCUGCGAGCACAAGCGGACCGCGAGCGUAAAGAGCGUAAGGAAAAGGAGCGUAUGCGACGAAAAGCAGAAAAAGCGGCUCGGAAAAAAUAGCCCCACGAGAAUGUCAAGUCAGACUCGUUUUACUCUUGAAGCGAAAUUAAAACGAGUUUGCAUUUUAGUCCACACCCCAAGCUUUGUACAAGUUUUGCUAUGAUCCUUUGUUAUUUAUACAAACAAUUUUUUUUAUAUUGUUGAUUAUUUUAAUUGAAUGCAGACAAUUAUUCUUGUUGAAUGCAGAUUACUUUUUUAAAUCUUUGUAUAGUGUUCGUUUAAUUUAAAGAAGAAGACUAUUUUUUUUUUUGCCAACGUAUCAAACAUACUUUAAUUGAUUACGUUCUCUUUCUUAUUUUUUUUUUUUAAAGAAAAAAAAACAAUUAUCUCUUUCUAGUUUUAUUGUUU